AUGUGGCAAGUUCUGUUAGCAGCAGCUGCAGCAGCAGGAUCUGGGAUUUUAGCCAAGAAAUUCAUCAACCCCAAUGAACCCAUUUCUGAUAUCAAACAAAAUCCCCAAAACUCUGAUCAAAUCCAAGAUUUUCGAAGUUUUAGUGAAUAUUUACACACCCAAGAUUCAGUGUUUCCCUGCAAUGUCCCGGUCCAAGAAAAUGGAAAUGAAUCUCAGAGUGAGGAGGUGGAUAAUAGUGGAUCAAUCUUCAGGUUUUCAAGUCACGGAUCGAAGUUUAAGAACUCGAGGAAGAAAAUGGGGGGCGGAUUUAAGAAAAAUGGUGGUGGGAAAAUGGAGAGAAAAUGUGGGUCUGUGGGUCAGAGGAAGAAUUGGAUUGGAAAAAGAUUUUCUGUUUGCUUGAAGAAGAGAAGAACUGGAAAAAAUGCUCCAGGGAAAUGUGAAUCUUGUGCUUCAAAAGACGGUUCCUUUGGCUGGGGAAUUGGUGUUGGAAUAAUGUACAUGAUGUCAAGUGGAAAGGCUGAAAUCAGUAGGCUGAACUCGGCAAUGGACGAGACUACAAAAGUUGUUCAAGAAUUAAAAACUGAAAUAUCUAGAAGGAAAGCCUCCCGUCAUCUUCACUAUUCAAUUUCUCAGAACGAAGCUACAACAAAUAAAAUGCAUAUUGAUGGAAGUUACAGUAGACGACUAUUGACUAACAGAAAGGAUAACGUCAAAGCUUUUGCUUUCACUGAAGAAGGUGAAGGUGCAAGUUUGGAUCUAAUGGAAGACCAGCAGCCCGAGGUACUGGAAAUGGAUCAACUGGAAGCAGAGCUCGAGUCUGAACUGCAAAAACUUCCUUGGUGUACCACAGAAGGUUCAGGUUCUGAAGGACGAACAGAUAUUUUUUAUGCUGAAGCUUUGGCUGAAGAAUAUCUCCAAGCAGAUCACCAGAACUCAAAUCCAAUACAAUUCAAUGGAGUAGUGCCAUCUGAACUGGAUAAAAAAUUGUCUCAUUUGCUCAUUGACCAACAGAAAAGCCAAAUAGUCGAGCUGGAGACUGAGCUGAACUCGACACAGUCUAAACUCCGAGAGAAAGAAGCUGAGCUCCAAGCACUCAAGGAUUGUGUCAAGCGUCUCACAGAAUUUUCACUAGCUAGCGCCUCAGAUGAUGAGAUUAAUGGCCAAAUGGAGGAUGAAAAAACUGUUUACGAGGAACAAGAGAUGAUGGGACUUGAAUCGAGAAAAUUAAUGGUUGGAAUGAAACGAGCAAUGGACUAUGAUUCAUACAAUUGUUGCACAAAAUGA